CGGGGGUAGGUGGCGGCAGCCGGUCGGUGGUUUUGCGGAGCUGUGUUGGGUGUCGGCUGCUGGAGCUGUCUGUGAAGAUGUCCGGGCGCGGGAAGCAAGGCGGGAAGGCGCGCGCCAAGGCCAAGUCGCGCUCGUCGCGGGCCGGGCUGCAGUUCCCCGUGGGCCGCGUGCACCGGCUGCUGCGCAAGGGCAACUACGCGGAGCGGGUGGGCGCCGGCGCCCCGGUGUACCUGGCGGCCGUGCUGGAGUACCUGACGGCCGAGAUCCUGGAGCUGGCGGGCAACGCGGCCCGCGACAACAAGAAGACGCGCAUCAUCCCGCGCCACCUCCAGCUGGCCAUCCGCAACGACGAGGAGCUCAACAAGCUGCUGGGCAAGGUGACCAUCGCGCAGGGCGGGGUGCUGCCCAACAUCCAGGCCGUGCUGCUGCCCAAGAAGACCGACAGCCACAAGGCUAAAGCCAAGUGAACGCGUCUAAGACUCAUUAGAAAUCGAAACAAAGGCUCUUUUCAGAGCCGCCCACAAUGGUCAUAAAGGGUUGAGUCGCUCUCUUUGGUUUUUGGUUCUCCCAGUGAAUUUAGUCAUGCACUUUUAAGGCGUUUUUUGUUAGUGUUUGUCUUAACUAUGCUUGUCUCUCUUCCUGAUUGUCUAAUUUUUUUUUAUAGGGCAGUUCUAUUGUUGCUUUUUAAUGAGCUUGGACCACUCCACGGAGGGAUUAACUUUACUUCCUUUGUUAAAUUUUUAUCUCUUCUAUGUUUAAUAAAAUACUUCUUUUGUUUUGAGAA